AUGGCCUCUUCGAGCGGACCACUCAAUCCUAGAACCAAGGACUUUGAGUUCAAUGGUGUGUCGGGUGCUCUUGCGAUUUCGCUAGGCCUACCGAUAGUAUGCGUGGUGCUCAAUCAAAUGGCAAGACCAGACUAUUACGUUGUGGGAUUUUUCCAAAAUUUCGAUAUUGCACAGUUAUGGAACAAUAUCAAGCCUCUGCGCUGGUACUUGACGAACGGUGAACUAUGGACUUACUAUGGCGCGUGGUUUGCAAUGUUGGCUGUUUUCGACGUUGUUCUACCUGGGCGCAAGAUGCAAGGCGUUGAACUGCGAGAUGGUUCGAAGCUGAACUACAAGAUCAAUGGGAUGUCCCUGAUCGGUGUUUUAGCGGCGAUCCUUGCGUUUAGAUGGCAACUGACGGGCGGCCAAAUGCCCGAAUUCCAAUACCUGUACGAACAUCAUGUCGAUCUGUGUAUUGUUACGGUGCUAUUUUCGUUUAUCCUUGGCACAGUCUGCUAUUUGUUCAGUUUCGUGCCCCUGACGAGAUCCAAUGGACUCGGCACUCGCGAGCGGAUAUUGGCGCUGGGAGGAAACUCUAGAAACCCGAUUUACGACUGGUUUAUCGGGCGUGAGUUGAACCCACGGCUGGGUCCACUCGACGUGAAACUAUUCUGCGAGCUACGUCCAGGAAUGCUGUUGUGGCUCAUGAUUAACCUUGCUUGCUUGCAUCACCACUUCCUUGAGACUGGCGAGAUCAACGACGCUUUGUUGCUCGUGAACGCGCUACAGGGUUUCUACAUUUUCGACGGUGUGCUCAACGAAGAAGGAGUGCUUACAAUGAUGGAUAUUACAACAGACGGAUUCGGCUAUAUGCUUGCGUUCGGUGACCUCACACUUGUUCCUUUCACCUAUUCACUUCAAGCGCGUUACUUGAGUGUUUCUCCAAUCGCUCUGGGGUUCCAUAACUGCGCUGCCAUUUUGGGUGUCAUGGCUCUCGGUUACUACAUAUUCCAUUCUGCGAACAAACAAAAAUCUCUUUUCAGACAGGGUCAACUGCCUCAUCUAAAAAGCAUCCAGACCACGCGCGGUACCAAAUUGCUAUGUGAUGGAUGGUGGGCCAAGUCGCAGCAUAUCAACUAUUUCGGCGACUGGCUCAUCGCGCUCAGCUGGUGCUUGGCUACUGGGUUUCAAACCCCUCUGACCUAUUAUUACCUCGCAUACUUCGCAACGCUCCUCUUGCACCGCCAGGCCCGUGACGAGCACAAGUGCCGGGUCAAGUACGGAGCCAGUUGGCACGAGUACGAGACGCAAGUGCCAUACAAGAUCGUUCCUUACGUCUACUAA